AUGACUGUUGAUUCUUCCUCAAACUUCUCCUUUGGCACCAGAGCCGUCCAUGUUGGUGCUCCUAUUGACGCCACAACAGGUGCUGUCAUUGAACCCAUCUCCCUCUCCACCACCUUUGGUCAGUCCGAACCAUCCAAGCCAUUGGGAAUCUACGAAUACUCCCGUUCAGCCAAUCCAAACAGAGACAACUUUGAACAAGCCGUGGCGUCAUUGGAACAAGCCAAAUACGCCAUCGCCUUGUCCUCAGGUUCUGCCACCACCGCCUUGAUUAUCCAAUCAUUGCCUAUCGGAUCCCACAUCAUCUCCGGUGGUGACGUUUACGGUGGUACCCACAGAUAUUUUACAAAGGUUGCCAACCACCACGGCGUUGAAGCCCAAUUUGUCGCAAACUUGGCAGAUGACUUGGAAGCCACUUUGAGACCAGAAACUAAAUUGGUCUGGGUUGAAACCCCUUCAAACCCUACUUUGCAAGUGACCGAUAUCGCCAAGGUUAAGCAAAUCUUGCAAAACCACCAAGACAAGACAGGCAACAAGGUCAUCUUGGUUGUCGACAACACUUUUCUCUCCCCAUACAUCUCCAACCCAUUGAAAUUCGGUGCCGAUGUCGUGGUCCACUCGGUCACAAAAUACAUCAACGGCCACUCAGACGUGGUUAUGGGUGUCCUCGCGACAAACGACUCUGAGUUGCACGAGAAAUUCAGAUUCUUGCAAAACGCCAUCGGCUCAAUCCCAUCACCAUUCGACUCAUGGUUGGCACACAGAGGCUUAAAGACAUUGCACUUGAGACUUCGUCAGGCAUCAAACUCUGCACAAAAGAUUGCCGAAUUUUUGCAAUCCAAGAUUGACAACCACAACGAUGGAUCCAUCAUCCACGUCAACUACCCAGGCUUAUCAACACACAAAAACCACGAUGUCGUAUCUCGCCAACACAGAGAUGGCUUGGGUGGAGGUAUGAUCUCCUUCAGAAUUAGAGGUGGUGCCAAAGCAGCCUCCAUCUUUACUUCAUCAACCCAAUUAUUUACAUUGGCAGAAUCUCUUGGUGGUAUCGAAUCCCUCAUCGAAGUUCCUGCCAUCAUGACGCACGGCGGUAUUCCAAAGGAAGAGAGAGAGGCAAACGGAGUUUACGACGACUUGGUCAGAGUCUCUGUUGGUAUCGAAGACACCGACGACUUGAUUGCCGACAUCCAACAAGCCUUGAAGAAAGUUGCAUCAAGCUUGUAA